UUGUUCAUCAAACUGCUCAACACCACUCUACAAACUUGAACCAUGGAGUACUCAGACCAUGCCAACCUAAUCGAGACGGCCUUGGAGGCUUUAAAAAGUCAGCAGUUUCGCCUCAAAGUGCAGCGCCGACGUAUGGUGCGCUGGCGCCACCAACGAAAGGAAAAGCUGGCUACCAUCCGUGACGAGAUACAGCGUCUGGAAAAUGUCUUGGAGCAGCUCCUUUAUAAGGCACAAACGACUCUGCAUCAGCUAUCUCCAGAAUCCACGAGUGCAGCCUUGUACUGAGUUACGAUCGAGAGGGCGGCGCUGCAUAGAGACAAUCUACAACUGCAAGAUGCGAUUACCCGUCACCUCGAAAUUGGAACCAAGCUCAAGCGCGAAACAGACCAGUUUAGACGCGAACUACACCAAGUGUCCAAGGUAAAGGCGACCUCGAGUCAACUCGCUUUAGACAGCGAAGGGUGGUGGGUGCACUUCCCGAAUGGAGAGCCCCCAUUCUUCUUCCAUCCGAUUCUCGAGGACGAGUACCUGGACAAGUUGAAACAGCGCGAGGGUGAGUUUCCAGAGCGCCACCUUUUCAUCUCUUUCA